AUGAACGCGUUCUUCACUACGCUUUGGGCUUUCGACAAUCUUGGCGUUUUCCUUGGCCUCAUUUUGAACUCACUAUUGUUUAUGGCGAUUGUAAAGACCACUGAUCAAAGAAUCCGGCAUUUCUCGUAUUUGGCACUCAGCAUGUCUGUAUCGGAUAUAUUCUACAGCCUUGUGGAAGGGGCUACUCAACAUGUAGGUUGAUGCAAACUAAAUUAUGAUUAUUUUUGAUUUUUUUGACGUUAAGGUAAAUUUAAUGCGAAAGAGGGGCAAUCGUAAAGAACCAAAAUUUGCGAUUUGUUUUAACGAACAACGGCAUCUUCAAAAGCUUCUUAGCUAGCGAAAUGCCAGAAAACCCCCUCCCAGCUUGCCAAUGUUAACAUAUUUUUUACUUUACACGCAAAUCUGACGAUAAAAUUGUAACCCAAACUUUUCAGCAACUUCUUAUAAGAAACGGAAUGUUUCUCGUAAUGCCCCAUGGAGUUGAGUCGUUUCUGGGCCCCUGGUCCUAUUCAGUAUUUAUGUGGCUUCAUUCCGCUGUUGUUAUGCAGUCACUGCUCAUCUUGCCGGCUCUGUGUCACUACCGGUAUAAGCUGAAAACAUUGUAUGUUUGAACGACAUAAAACCUUUUUCUCAUUUUAACGGCAUGCACAAAAUCAAGACGUUUUCAGUAAGGCCGGGACAGACAUGUUCAUUGUCAUUAGGAAUGUGGCAAUUUCCGCCUCUCUCAGCGUCGUCCUCGGUCUGUGCUUGGCGUGCGGAGUGGAACAAGCCAAACGCCGAGGCUACACGUAUUACCGGCGCUUUGUGAACCCUGAGUGGUUUGAUUCAGAUGGAAGCACUCUGUUCAAGUAUGCUUGUGAUAUGGUACGUGACAUGGCAGGGGUUUCUAUAUCAGUCUGCCAAGAACUUGCUUUUCUCUUCACCGGCACGUUUUGGCGCAUUAAUUCUUCGAAAUUGUGCGCAUUAUUUGUCGGUCUGUCGGGAAAAUAAUGUGGAUUUGUUGCAGAAAAAUGUCUCGACUCACAGUCGCGCACCAUUUCAGCCGUGACGGGCAGUCUUAAGGCGAUGACGGGCGAUUUCAAGGCGCAACAAAUCCACAUUAUUUUCCCGCCAGGCUGCAAUAGACCGAGUUUUUUUGCCUUUUUUUUAAUUCGCACUAUGCAACUCUUCGAACGCACUACGCAGUUUUGAAAAAGCGGAGCAAAAAUUAGAAACUCUUUCAAUAACUGUACGUAAUUUUAGCGUGAUUUGGGAACAGUGGUUUACUUUGCUGGCGGCUUUUUUCUUGCGAUCAUAGGUGUGAUCAUGGCGGGGUAUUACUCACUGAAAGCGUGGAAGACGGUUAACUCUCAAGACGCCAGUGAGAGAACGAAAGAGUUACAACGACAGUUUACAAGGACUUUGGUAGCGCAAGUAAGCUUUUAACAGCUUUUUUUUUUAUUAGUUUGUCGGGAAAAUAAUGUGGGAUUGCCCCAGGGAAAUCUCUCGCCUUUUCUGCGAUAAAUUUGACAGAUCCACAUUAUUUUCCCGACAGACUGAUAAGAGGUCAGUAGCUCCAAAUUUGUUUAGAAAAAUAUUUUAUUUUAAGACCAUCAACGCGGCCGUUUUUGCCAUCUUCCCGGCGACGGUAGCGUCGACCACGAUGCAAGGAGGAAUCGACGUCCACGCUGCUGGCGCUGUGGUCAUGUCGCAAGUGAGCUGGCUUCCUUCGGCCAACGCAUUGCUGGCGAUUUACCUGAUCAAGGCGUAUCGCCGAUACGUUCUCCAUGUACUUGGUAUACAUCGUCGGAAAAUUCAGGACGGACUGGCAGUAUCGACACUAAAGAACGCCCCACCUUAUUACCAUAACUACACGGGUCAGCAUUCGCGUUCUUAGAUUACAUAUAUGUAUUGAAAAGGUCGCAGAGAAUAAAGUUCUGCAGCAAGAAAAGCGAGUGGGAAGAGUGAAGGAAACAGUGACCUUCGUCCAGACGAUUGCUUUUAAUAGGUCGUUUAUUACACUACGAGCCGAAUAUCGUAUUCUACUUACAAGCAUUGAGCCACUUUUCUAAAACAAAAGUAGGUCUUUUGUGUGAGAACUGGCCGCAACCUCUAGCCUUUCGUAAUUAGGAGCUGUUUCAUGAUUUUGGGUGCAAUACCUGCACCCAAAGUGAUAAAAAACAAUCUGUUGUAAAGUGAAAAAAACUUUCUUGUUUUUGUGGGCCAACGAGUACAUACAAAAUUAAUGCAAAAGUCGGAAGUGGAGGUUGCAUUACGAGGGUCCUUCAAGAGCCUACUACUAGUUUGUAGCACUUUUUUAAACCUUUACAUAUACGUAUUAAAGAUAUGCAUGUUAAAUAGUCAAAUGCAUAUAGAGUCCAAAAUUAGAACAUAUGCUAUAACCAUCAGCAGAUUUUAGCGCCACAGAAGCGGUAAGAUCCAAGGAAAUUUGGCAGUUCGCGCCCUAACCGGGCCUAAUUUUUUUAUAUAUUUUUUCUGUAGAAAGCAUGAAAUCGAAAAACAAGCCCGUUUGCCACCCUAAUUACGGUAAACAUUAUAUAUCUUGUGUCGAUAAUGGAAUUGCAAUAACAAACAUUAUAGUAAAUUCCAUUUUGUCAACCUUGCUUAUACGAACAGGUGUGUUAACAAUAUGCCGACCAUUCCAUCCAAUUCGGUAUGGAAAUCUUAUAAAAAGCACCCUAACUUCACAAUCUUGUUUUCACUUUUGUCUUUGCAGCUGUAGUGGGGUAAAUCAUGCUGGCAAAUCAGUGGGAAAUUUGGCAUUUUCAACGGAAAAUUCUCAAUUCGGGAAAGUGACCAUUGCGCGUCAAACUUGGGUAAGCUAAAACGGUCUGGUGAAUGGAUUGUUAAUUCGUAAAAAAAUACGAGAAAAUCUUUGUGUCGGUGAAGGAAUGGUGAACUUUAUGGGCAGGAGAGUACGUUUUGCGCGUCUUUUCUUUGUCUUCUCUGUGAAAUCAAGACAAAAUGUAAAAAAACCGGUAGCGAAGGGUCUAUUACGGUCACCGUACCCCUCGUUUUGACGUGCAUUUGGCAACUUUAAACUUUGAAACAUUUUGCCUUUUUUCGAGAGUUCGCUUCGCUAUCCAAUCCUCACAAUAGCUCCAUUUGUAGUCGCCUUCAACCACCCGUGCACUUAAUUGGCCCUGAAAUAACGAUCUUAACCUUUGCAGAAGGACCGAAAUUUCGGCAUUUGUUUAAAAACGUCAUAUAUUAUGCGUUUCAAGGGUUGUACGGACCAGCUAACAGGGGAAGUACUCCAAGUGCGACGCUCAGAUUUUGAUGAAACUUGGCGCAAAGUUAGAAUAAUUUUUUUUAAGGUAUAUGCGAGAAUCCGAGCUGCAGAAACAACCAAGAUUUUUAGAUCGAAAGCCGGCGAAAACUUCGGAUUUUUUACCGAAUUUCAGCGCGAAAAGUUUCAUGCCUAUUUCAACCGUAAAGGAUAAUGUUUCUACAAAAAAUCAAAUUUUUCCGCAUGAAAAUGCUAAAGUUAUGGCCAAAAAACGCUUUUCUCUCUGACCGCUCUCCACGUUUAGCUUUGAGUACUUCCCCUGUAAGUCCAUAUCAGGUCGGCAGAGACCAAAAAUGAAGUUUUUGUAAGGACGGGAGAAAAAUUUGGCUAGAAAAAAAUUGGCUAGUCGACAAAAGAAAAACAUUUUGGCUAGAAAAAAUUUUUUUUGGCUCGGCGAAAAUUGUCGUUAGCGUUUUCUCAAGUUUUACUGCGCUCUGUUGAUCAUAUCCUAAAACAGAGAAGCUCAUUGGGCCGCGACUUUGGCAUUCUGCUAAAUUUUUAUACUUACCGGACGCAAAAUGGUCCUUUUUUGCCACUGGAUCAGGGCCCAGGGCCGUCACUGUAGGAGGCUCUCCGGUCUAAAUUUACGGUCAAUUCUUCCGCAAACCAGGGUACGGAACCGAAAUUAUUUACCGUUUUCGAAUGUGGAGGUCAAGAAUAUUCCAGUCCCAUAGCUCAACUCAUUUGCGAUUUGGACGACUUCCUUCGCCGGUUAAAAUUAAUUUCGUUUUCACAGACAGCACAUUAUUUUAUUGCGCGGUCUCGGAAUAUAUGUAGAUAGAUUCGUUCUUACUUUGCACCUUACUUUCGUCAUAACAAAGAUUGUCUGCUGUCGCUUUGAACUUCGUUUAUCGCUGCACUUGCCAAGAAAUUCGUUCUUUUAUAUUCGUUCUUGCCACGGCAGAUAUGUGAAGUGAACGAAGUUAAUGCCAACUAAAAUAGGCAGAUCUGUGUAAAUGCUCCUUUGCCCUUCGACAAAGCUUGCUUCAAUAUUCGUACAGUAAAUCGGUUUGGUACUUUAUUUACUCUCUUUUUUUAGGGGGUAAGAAAGAAUUAGACGUCUUAGUCAUUUACCGAACGUAAGAAAAAGGAUUGUAGUUUUAUAAUCUCAGAGAAGGGUGAUUAAGAGUGUUGCCAACCCUCGGAUAAGUACAUCCCAUUUGUUAUUGAGUAAGUACGUUAUAUUUAUUAUUACGCGGACAAAAUUCGUACAUAUUGGUGGCGAGAGCGUAGGUGACAUGAGCAAAGUGUAUCGCGUUGUUGCAAAUCUAUGAGGUAGAGUGUAAGUACGUAUUCGAUGAAACUCAUUUUUUCGAACUCAAGGAUUAACGAUUUUUUCGAUUCUUUUGUCCUAGAAUUUCGCCUCCGAUGACAAAUCAUCGGAUACGCCGUAACCGUAUUCGUACUUGUGGAAGUCCUUUGAAUCUUCCAUUUCUAAAUUUUGGUCUCGCAAGAUCCUGUUGAAAAACAGUGUGAAGAUCACACACAAAAAAUCCAUAUCCGAAUUUUUUAGCUAAAUCUUUCUCCAAAAUUCUAGUCUUUGUCGAAAACCAACAAGUGCUAACCCUGGUCAGGAAGAAAUGCCGCUCUAAUUUUACGCAAAUCCUUGUCCAGAUCUUCCAUUGCGCCCAUCCCUUGUUAGCAUCGUGUUUACUUACAAUGACUAUAAUUGUCCGGUUAAGCUGUGUGGCCUAAACAAAAAACAGAACGUGUUUGGGUACCAUGUCAUCGAUAAUCACUGUACCUAUUACAUAAUAUUUAUUUCCAACUCAUUUUCUGUAGAAUCUAUAAAAAAUGAGCUGGAUUUCUACGCAGGGACCUGUAAAUCUUUUCGUUUGUCGUUGAGCUUCCAUCUACCGCUGACGCGCAGAUUAGUUGCUUAGGCUCCGCCCCCGCACGAAAUGAAUCGGCACAUAAAGGAAUACUGCUGAAAAGGUCAUCAUUAGCAAUUAAUUUUGUUUAAAAGUGAAGUAGAACGGGUUAACAUUACAGGGGAAGUACCUUAGCUUAGAAUAUAUCAAUUACUUAUAAUCUUAGCUCGCGCUUUGCACACUCAGCCGAGAUAUUACUAUACAUAAACGUUCUUUGCCGUCGAGAGUACGAAAAACAUGGAGGGCAGUGAACAAGAAAAAUACCUUUUGGUGAUUGUCAGUUUUGUGCGGAAAAAAUUGAUUUUUUUUGGUAAAGUUCCACUCAGAUGCAGAAAUAAUCAUGAAACUUUUUAUGCCAAGAUUUACAAAAAAGUUUUACAUUCUUGCCAACUUUCGAUCAAAAAAUCUCGGUCGUUUCUGUAAAGUGUAGAGUAUAAGUCUCGUAUAUGCCCUAAAAAUUAAUCUCAAUAUGUAUCAUGUUUUUUAAAAAUCUGAGCGUCGCUUGAGGCACUUCUGCUUGUAACCAAAUUUGACUGAUUGUUUUGCACUCUAAGCGGUCAUCUUAUGCGACUGUUCUCUGAUAUGUUUACGAUCUUUCAUCAAUACAACCCACCGUAUUUUUAAUUGUAUUAUAUAACAGAACAACGAAAAAGGCCAAAAAGAUUUCGGCAUCAUUUUGAAGAAAUGUGCGGUUCAUUGUUCUAUUUUGAAAGCUCUUAGACGGCGAUGUAAAUUCCCGCGGCUAAAGGUUUUUCAUGCCGAGUUUUGAGCUUUUUUAUGCUGCUUGAAGUGAGAAAUUCGAAGAAAAUUUUUGUACGUUACACUUGUCCUCUGUUGCUUUUUUUCCAUUCAAACACCAAACUAGAAAAUAAACUGUACUUUAAUCUGCAAAAGGCUCGCUAAGGUUGUGACAUUGACCAUUACAACGGGCCUAAUGAGACUUCGUUUGUGCAGACAGUGUCACUCUGGCACUAGUACUUUUCGAAUGAACCGCAGUUAGGAUCUACGAUACUUUUCGACGCCUCGAUUUGUUGAAGCGUGGGAGGCUUUAGGAAAGGGUUUAGUUAAUCGAAAGAUAAUAGGAUUGGUCAGGUUCUAGGAUAGCUUUUCACCCAUUUUAAUGCGUUUUACAUGUUUUUCUGCAAUAACAAACAGGUGAAACUUACGGAUUUUUGUUUGAAAAUGAAUUUUUGAAAUAGCUAAAAUUUAAAAAAUGGUCGCGUUGAAAGAUUUGCCAAGUCUCCGCCAAGCCUUCAUCGAGCUUCCAACGUCUUCGCCAGGCCUCGUAGGCAUCUCUUGUACCCUGUUUUUUGGGUCUCCGCCUGUCCUCCACCUCGUGUCGAUCGAUUUAGUGUUAAUUUGAAUUGCCGUCGACCCCUAAAAGUUUUUAUAAUUAAUAAUCUUUUUUAGUAUUUGACCAUUUUUCAGCCAUAAUGAACACUUUCUUCUUCUGCCUUUGGAUCUCCGACAAUCUUGGCUCCGGUCUUGGCCUCAUAUUGAAUUUUCUCUUAUUGUUGGCGAUUGUAAAGACAACUACUGAGAAGACAAGGCCAUACUCUUACUUGUUCUUGACGUCGGCUCUCUUCGACAUUUUCUUCAGCAUCGUGGAGUUCAUUACCCAACAUGUACGUCGCUAUGAAGGCAUUGGAGGUUUAACAAAACCUUUCCACAUUGGUUUUCUAUUUGUUCGUUAGAUCUACUUUAUUUUCCCAAUAGGCCGAUACUUGUCCGUCUGGAAAGUCGCCAGGCUAAAAUCGAUGAUAAUGUUUUCUGUUUUCAGCAACUUCUCAUCAAAAAUGGGAUGUUUCUGGUUAUGCCUCAUGGUGUGGAGGCCUUCCUCGGGCCUUGGUCUUACCCAACCUUCAUGGCUCCUCAUUCCCUCGUCGUCCUUCACGGCAUCCUCAUCUUGCCGGCUCUUUGUCAUUACCGAUAUCUACUUGUUACGUCGUAAGUCUUGCCACUUCUCUUAUUUUUAAACAUAUAUAGUAUGUACGUAUUACCUUUACACUUUUAUCUAUUUUCAGCGGGAGUACGAUAAAUCCCAUGCUCAUUGUGAGAAAUGUCGCGAUUUCGGCGCUCACCGGGCUGUUGCUGGGGAUGAGCUUGGGAUACGGUGUGUAUCAGGCCAGCUUCCGAGGCUAUGAUUACUAUUUUCAAUUCGUAACUCACGAGUGGAUCGCUGAGGAUGGAACGUCGCCGUUCAGAUAUGCAUGUGAUAUGGUGAGUGCUGAAUAUGUUAAAGCAUAA